AUGCUUAAUUUUAUUAAUACCAGUUGUGCGAGUGAGAAAGCAGUUGCAGCGUACGAAUUAUGUUCAUUGUAAGGCUAUCAAAAUGGUUGUUCGUUGGUCAUGUUCGUUGUGUAUGUUGGACGUUCGAGUCGAUCACCAACCAGGACAAAAUUCAGCAACAAAUUUUAAUGUCGUGUAAAAAACAAGAGUGGCGUCUAAAAACUGCUGCAUAUGCUGUAAACAAAAACUGAAAACAUUUCAUUCGUUCUAUUAUAGAUAAUUUGAAGUGUGUAAUUUAACUUGUUACUUACUUUAAUAGGAAAUAUAAUUACUGAGUGCAGUGUGUCAUAAAGAAAAGAGCAAUAAAACGAAAAAGGUAACUGUGCUACAAGUCCGAUUAAAAUGAGGGAGAUUCAUUAUAGUUCUGUAAAUUUUAACAACUAUACCUUUAACGAAAUUUAGUUUUAAAAUACUAAAAUAAUAAUAAACGACCGAAUAGCAAUUGCGAGUAUUUGUUUGGAGUCGUUUGUAAUUCUGUUUUAUACGGCGCGCAAACACGGAACAACGUCCGAACGCGAGCGUGUUCGCUCAACCUGCUCGAGGAGCAAACUAAUAUUUUACAAUGUCGGCUGCCUUAAGUCCUUUACAUUGUGAUCUAAGAUCAUAUUCAAGGCUUUGGCUCGGCGAGUUCAUUGAACUUUAUCAACAGGAAGAAUGCUUAUGGCAUCCAAAACAUCCAGAUUACAGCAAUCACAGUGUACGUAAUAAGGCUUAUGAUCGUUUGGUUGAAAAACUUAAGGAAGUUGAACCGAAUCCAGAUCGUGCGAUGGUUGUGCGCAAAAUCAACUCACUACGUUCUGCGUUCAGACGAGAAUUUCGUAAAUCAAGUUCAAAGAACAACUAUGAAACAAGAUUGUGGUACUAUGACAAACUACUUUUCAUCGCCGAACAAAAUCCUAAACGUCUUGCAGCUUUGCGUGAUGCCAAAACACCUAAGAGGCCGUUGGCAAUAAGUUUCGAUGUUGACGACUCUAUGGAGUUUGAAGAGGAACCGAUUGUCGAAGCUACUACUGUAUCACCAUCAGAGAGCCUAAAUCAUAAUCAAGGCACUGAAAUUAAAACUGUAACUGUAACGGCGGGUGAAUGCGUAAUUGUGAAAGAUGAAGAACAACACCAGCACCAACAGCAGCAUCAAAAUCAAAUUCAACAUCAGCUUCAGCAUCAGCAUCAACACGAAUUACAACAACAGCAACAUAGCGCCGAACAACACAUGCAACAUGCAACAACCACAACGCAACCGCAGCACGCAACUGAAGUCAAAGUUUUGGAAAUAACAUCUCUUGACACAAAUUCGCAACGGGAAAUACAACAGGCUGUGAAUUCUCUGGAACAACACCAGCAACAUAUCCAACAACAGUUGCACCAACAGCAGCAACAACAACAACAGAAUCAAGCGGGUUCAGCUCAAAUCGCACAAAUUCAUCAGCAAGUUCCAACCAUACAAAUUGCACGCGAACACCUGCAACCGUUGUUCGGCAACUCGUAUGCCACCACUACAACUCACAGACAGGACGAUGAAUACGAUGCUAUCGGUAUAAAUGUGGCAUCCAAGUUACGAGUAAUGAAUCCAACUCAACGCAUUAUUGCCGAGAAAUUGAUUAGUGAUGUGUUAUUCAACGGGCAAUUGGAUAAUCUCAGCGUCUCUUCAACUUUGACUCAGUGAAAAUAUGUUUUUGUAAAACAUCAAAUUUUGUGCAGGUAAUGUUAUUCAACCUAAGUUAUUAGCAUUUUAUAUAAGUAAGCAAGUAGUAAUAUAAGUUGUAAUUGUAUGAUAUAAAUAUUAAAAUUUAAGAAAUUUUUCGAAAAUAUAGCUGGGAUUUCUGCAUACAUAUUAUAUAUACCUUUAAAUAUUAUGUGUAGCUUACAAAAUAUAUUUAGCCGGUCAAUUUUGUACCAUGCUUCUUAUUUUGUUUGUAAUUUGUUUGAAAUAAUACGACAAUUCAAUUAAAAUUAACUAUUUCUUAUAUUUGAAUGUGGGGAUAUGUAUAGCUAGAAACAUAAAACAUAUUUAUACUUUUUAAUUGUGUAAAUACAUCAAAGUAAUCCAAUCUAAAUUUGGAAGCAAGAAUCCGCUGAAUAUUAUUAAAUAAAGUGUAUUUUACUGUAUAUUGAUA